GGAAUCUCGUCAAUAACUUAUGGCAUCAACCAUAAUUAAGAAAUAUCAAACAAUGUGGGUUAUCAUAUCGUCUGUUUGUGUUUUAUUUGUGCUGUUUGCCGUGCUUGACCUUAAAUCAUUGACCACCGGCGAGGUGAUUAGAUCAGGCCAACAGAUUAACGCAACAGAACAAUCUAGAUCUGACAAGAUGACCACAACACAACAUUCUAGAAAAGCUUGGCCCGGAGUUAGCUAUGUGAGUUCCAAAAGAAAGUACAAUGAAAGGAUGGUUCAUGACAACAAAACUACGAACAUGCAUUUGUUUAGAGACUAUUACAGUCAGGAGUUUUGGCCGGGUGUUGAAGAUCGUUCUAUAGCUCCAGGAGAGGUCCACAAUGUUGUUCAUUAUUUCUGGUGUGGUCAGAAGAUUUUUAAAUUUGAGGAUUAUCUCAGUAUUUUAAGUGUUGUCAGAAUUUUAAAACCACAGAAAAUUUUAUUUUAUUACCAAACAAUCCCGUACAUUGACCCGGACUGGUACCACUUGUGGUUUGAGGAGCUGAGGCAGUCUGUACCAAAUCUUGUCCUGAAAGAAACAAAAGGAAAUUUUACUUGUGGAAGUGAGGAGGUUUUACGAUUUAUUUUAGACAAACUUUCUGUUAGUGGUGGCGUUUAUGUUGGAGAGAGAACGAUUUUAACAGGGAUCCCAAUAGAGGUGGAAAAUGUAUCAUUUUAUUACAGCUUUAAGAAAAACGAAAUAUGCGAGGACGUUACACAAGGAGUUAUUUUUAGCAGAGAGGGUUUUCCCACAACAACCAUGGAAACAAAGCUUAAAGAUAUUUUAAAUACAAAAAACAACUGUUUUAGUUUAGAUGAAUUGAAUGCACUGCCAUUUCCCCUGGGAUACAAAGAUCUUAAAGAUGUUCAACCAUGCGCCGUGGUCUGGUACUCCCUGCAGCCAAAAGAUAUUUGGAACGUUUCAUCAAAUUUUGCGGAGCUUGCAAGAUGGCUGACCUACGGAAAACGUGAACGCCAAUUUGUUGAGCCGUCCACCGACGUCCAGGACCUAAUUCCACUGAUCUCACAUCUCGUGUGGAUACAACACAAGUCUGAUCCGUUCGAGUUCCUCCACUUUCUGAGUGUUAUGUCCGCCCUCCACGUCGCUGGGGUACACACGGUCUACAUACACGGAGACCAAAAGCCGCACGGGCCUUGGUGGGAUGAACUAGACGGAGAAAAUGUCGUCUUUGUUAAGAUUGAUAAAACGGAGACGAUCUACCAGCAAGUAAUCAAUGGGGCUUCACACCAGUCUGAUAUACUGAGAGCUUUGAUCUUAUAUAAGUACGGUGGCAUAUACCAGGACCGUGACGUCAUAUGGGUCAAGAAGAUACCAGAGCAUCUCCGCUGGUACCCUGCGGUGUCCAGCAUCGACUGGCCACAAUAUGGCGUCUACCCCGCUGGUCUGAACACGGGCGUCUUGCUGGCUAAAGCUGGCAACAUGUACCUACAGAAUCAUUUGAAGUUCUACAGAUACUAUAUGGGGGAUAAGUGGCUUCUAAAUGCCAUCAUGAUGUCAUACAAAGCAUAUGAGCAGCAACCAAAUCAGCUACUCAUUGACGAUUAUUUACAAGUAAUUUGCUUUAAAGGAAAGUGCCAUCCCAUAUGGAACGCAGGUCCUGAUGAGAAGUUUUGGGAAAAGGGACUAGCCUUACAUUUUACACAUCCUACACCAGUGUCGAGUCUAGAGUCCCCCAACGCCAUCAAAAACAGCUCCGAUAUUUUCAGCACUUUGGGGAGGAUGAUUUUAGAAAGAAGUGGCAGACUUGAUAUUCUGGAGCAGAAGCCAGUAUCAACAUAGAUGUUAACGUUUUUUAAAAUUUAGGUUUAAUUUUUUUUUCUCAAGUAAAAAAAAAAUCAUGUGUUUUUAUAUUUUUUUAAAAAUCGUAUAAAAAUCCACAAAUAAUCUUGGUUGUCAAAACAUAGCAUUCUAUCAGUUUACUAGGCCUUGGUUA